AUGAAGUCUGAAAAGUUGGAACUUGGAAGUAGAGGAGAGGAAAUGCUAAUGCCGGUGAGUUGCGCCGUCUUUACCAGCCUUACUCCUUCUUAUCCACCUGUAAACGAAAAUGGCAGAAAAAUCAGAAAAAUUUUCGCCAAAAAGAGGGAUUUACAAGAGAAACCCACGACCCACCAAAAACCCUUAUUCCCACUAAGUCUUUCAAGAUCCAUUCUUUCUCGCACGGCCAUUGCAGUAUUCGGAUUGGGGUUCAUAGAUGCCGGGUACAGUGGAGACUGGUCGAGGAUUGGAGUGAUUACCCCACAGACUGAAGAAUUGCUAAAGAUUGCGGCAUUUGCAGUGGUUCCCUUGUGUGUCUUUCUCAUUCUCUCUAUCUCCAAAGAACCAAGUUCUUGAGAUUUUCGGUUUGAUGUCAUUAAUUUACCUGUAAAUCAUCAACUGUUACUCCUUUUAACUGCUGUUUGAUUCCUUUAAAAAAAAAAAAAUCAUCCACUGGUAUUUAUCUAUAAAGGUGGAAUUAUCAAGAAUCAUAUUGAUGUCUGGUUUAGUGAUCGAGUAUAUUUUUUCAUGGCUUUAAUUAUUUUUAGCUGCAGAUUAGGAGAAAACGAUGUCCUUUAACUAUUUGGAGACACAGGGGAAGACAUGCUAUCUAGCAUGUGCACUGGAAAACCUGAUGUCUCAUUCUUAUGUUGUUUGCUUUGAUUUCAUAGUAAAUGUAUUUUGUUUCCAGAAUUGAUGUAUCAGGCAUCAAACAAGUGCUAGGUGUGUGUAAUAAUAAUACUUAUGUUGUUUGUGAAAAUUAUAUUUGAAUUGUUAGACAUGAAGGGAUGACUAGUGAAUUUGUGGGUCUGUUUUGGGGUCAGUUGGAUUUGGCUAAAUGCUGUGUUUAAGAAACCGGACUAGACUAGUUGGUUUGAUGAGUUAAACUUGGAAGUGGCCAUUAAUCCGGUCUUGUAGAGACCAAGGAACCGGUGGUUGAGUGAAGUCAUGAACAGAUCAAUGAAGCGGGCAAAACCGGCUGAAAGCAGAGGGAAGAAACACCAGAAACCUUUCUAGAUAUUGAGCCAUGGAAUGAUCAUCAUACUCAUAAGCUUCUAAAAGUCCUCAUAUGCAGUCUAUCUAAAAAAAAAAAAAAAAACUCAUAUACAGUAACAAUUGAUAACUGCUUUUAAUUUAAUAAUUGGUUAUUUCUUUCUAGGAUCAUAAUGCAAUUAUACCGCAGAAUGGAUUGCUAACUUAAAAAAUACAGACACAGGAUACAACAGACAACUAUAUGCAGGGUAUCUACGCAUAAAUUGGUGUCACAACCUCUUAUGAUAUGAAUAUCUGACGUGUGCCAAUAAACUUAGAUAAAUUUGCACAGGUUGGCGAUAACCUUCGGAAAUCCAACAUAACUAGAGUGGCAAUACUGUGUGCAAGCGCUCCAAGAACAACAAACACAUGAAAAAUCUGAUGACUGUGCCCUGCAAUAUCAAAUGCUCCAGGCAUCCAACGCUCUGGCAUUCUGCUGAUAUAAAACGCAGCACCUGUGACAUAGAGAAAAGCCAUGGCAAGUUCAUACCCAAUUGCAACAAAUAUAUACGGGUUGCUCCGGUGGAGGACAACAGCAUGAGUCGCCGGAAUGACACCUAAGAAGGCCAUGGUGAGGAAUAAGGAGGUUCUUAAGGAUCGAAACUGAGGCGCAGAGAGAGCAGGGGAGAGAAGGGCAAUGAUGGCGAGGGCUCCAAGAACAGAGAUUGAGGUUAGAUAGAAGAAUCUUGUGGUGGGGCUGCAGAAGAAGGCGUAGUAAAUGGGGGGAUAGUAGGAGGAGACUAUCAUGAGGGAGAUACCGGCAUAGUCUAGACGCCAGAAGAAGAGGUUGAAGCGUUUGGAGUGGCAUGCAAAGAGGUGGGACAGAGAACUGCAGAUCAAGCAGGUCAUUGCUCCAGCUAAGAAAACAAACCAUGGCCACCUGGGAAUUUGUUCUGCACCAUGUUCUUUGAGGUUGUCAAGGAUUGACGACUCCGAAAUGUGUCUUAAAUGGGAUUCCUAGAAGGAUAAAAAUAAUAAGGUGAAUAAAAUAAUUAACGUCCGUUGAAUUUGUUAUCAGGUCAAAAUUAUCCACACUUUUCAAGAAUGUAUGAGAAAUAAUAAUCAGGAUGAUAUAUAAGGUGAAUAAGAAUAAUGUAGGCUAUGUAUAUGUGCGUGUGUGUUGAAUAAAUGGAUCUUUGUUUGUGAUG